GGCCCCGCCCCGUUUACCCGGCAUCGCGGCGCCGCGGAGUCAAGAUGGAGGAAUACGCGCGCGAGCCCUGCCCCUGGCGAAUUGUGGAUGACUGUGGUGGGGCCUUCACCAUGGGAACCAUAGGUGGUGGUAUCUUUCAAGCCAUCAAAGGUUUCCGCAAUUCUCCGGUGGGAGUAAACCACAGACUACGAGGGAGUUUGACAGCUAUUAAAACCAGGGCUCCGCAGUUGGGAGGUAGCUUUGCAGUUUGGGGAGGCCUGUUUUCCACGAUCGACUGCGGCAUGGCCCAGGUGCGCGGGAAGGAGGACCCCUGGAACUCCAUCACGAGCGGUGCCUUGACAGGAGCCAUCCUGGCGGCAAGAAACGGACCAGUGGCCAUGGUCGGCUCAGCCGCGAUGGGUGGCAUCCUCCUGGCCUUAAUUGAAGGAGCUGGCAUCUUGUUGACGAGAUUUGCCUCUGCACAGUUUCCCAACGGUCCCCCGUUUGCCGAAGACCCCUCCCAGCUGCCUUCGGCCCAGUUACCGGCCUCGCCUUUUGGAGACUAUCGGCAGUAUCAGUAGGAUUUCUUUCCCAGAACGCGCCGUGGUUCAAGGAGGGAUGUCAGAAGAUCAAGUUCAAUCGGUUUUGAAAACCGUAGGUGGGACCACUUGGCCGAUGGGCUCCGAAGAGACAUUUAGCAACUUUUUCUAUUUAAAGGAACAUGGGGGGAGGUCUUAGAAGCUAGUACAUUUAUUUAUUCACACGUGGAUUGCAUCUGUGAGCAAAAUAAAUGUCUAAAAUCCUCGAAAGGAAAUGGAGGAAGUGCUUAGAAGAUGAAGGAGGAAACAGCGCUGGAGCGGGGCUGCCUUUCCCCGGGGGCUCCUCUGCCUGGCUUUGUUCUCAGUCACACAAUAAAAGACGCCCAGACAUCGCUCAUUCUUCUAA